UUAUAUUUUUUAUAUCUUUGUAGUUUAAUUGAACAUAAUAUAAUUACUAUAAUGGUAAUAUUAGUGUUAUUGUGUUUAAUAAAUGUCGUGGUUUGUGAAAGAUGCCCUGUUGCUAAGUAUGGUGACAACUGUGAAUAUACUUGCAAAUACCCUCAUUGUUUCUGCAAUUCAUAUUCACACUGUGGGUCGUGUGAAGAAGGAUAUUGGAACAUUAGUGAAAACUGCACGUCUACAUGCAUUCCUGCAACAUGCACAUGCACCAACUAUACAAAGUGUAUUUCUUGUAUAGACGGAUAUUAUGGAUUGGAGAGUAAAUGUGACAAGAAGUGCUAUUCUGGAUGCAAUGUUAAUAAAUGUUAUAAUAACGGAACGUGUGAAUGUAAGGCAAACUUUACUGGCAGUAAAUGUGACUUGUGUGUAGAUGGCCGAUAUGGAGCGAACUGUUCUAUGCAAUGCAGCCGAGGUUGUGAGGGGAAUAUUUGCAACUUGCGUGAUGGAACAUGCAACUGCAUUCGAAAUUAUAGUGGUGUAAAAUGUGAAUAUUGCAUAGAAGGUCACUACGGAAAAGACUGUCUUAAUACAUGUAGCAUUGGUUGCUUUGAAAAUACUUGUUCUUCUUCCGACGGAACAUGUGAUUGUAAAGAAUAUUACAAAGGUGAUAAAUGUGAUACGUGUGUCGAUGGCAAGUAUGGAGCAUACUGCUUAUUGCAAUGCAGCCGAGGUUGUGAGCGUAGCACAUGCAGUUCAACAGAGGGAUCAUGCAACUGCCAUAUACAUUAUAGUGGUGGAAAAUGUGAAAACUGUAUGACAGGUUGGUAUGGAGAUAACUGUUCAAAACAAUGUAGCCAGGGUUGCCUAGACAAUACUUGCUCUCAUACUGACGGAAAGUGUGAUUGUAAAGACUUUUACAGAGGUGAUAAAUGUGACAUGUGUGUAGACGGGAUGUACGGUGGACAUUGUUUAAAUAAAUUGGAACAAAAUCCUGCCAACAAAACAGACAGUGUUCCAGCUGGUGUACUAACGUGGGGAGUUAUUACUGCUGUGGUGGUGCUAGUUGCUGCUGCCGCUCUAACGGUCAAACGAAGAUUAUCACAAAAGGUAGCAAAAUGCCAUAGAACCGAGCGAAGUACUACACAUCAGGGAGAGGAAUCAGCUCAAACCGAACCAUACGAAGCAUUAAAUAGCAGCCGCAUGGAAGAAAGUGAUAGUAGAGAUAUCUACACAAGACUGUUCAUGACUGCACCUACUGCAAUGACUGAACGUGUCAACCCUGACUGUAGUGCUACGAAUAUGUUGAAUGUUAUAGAAGGUAAAGCAGCCCAAUCGAACACAUAUGAACCAUAA